AUGUCGGACUUUUCUCAAUACGGUGGCGCCAGCGCCGAAUGGAGGGAUCUCGAGAAGACAAUACCCGCCCCACCGGCCAUUGAAGGCAUGUCAUUGACCGAGCACAGACGUUCGAUCAACACCCUCCGAGAAAAGGCAUCCGCCGAGGCUAUGGAAAACUUCAAGGAUCAGCUGCAUAUCAAACAGCACGAGAUCCCGACUCGUGACGGGUCGAGUAUUCAAGCCCGGAGUUACCGACCAGCAUUUAUGACUGACAGAUUACCGGUCUUUCUUUACUUCCACGGCGGCGGCUACAUGACGGGGACCCUCAACACGGAAGAUGCCACCUGUGGUCGGAUUGCAACCACUGCCCAAGUCGUGGUAUUACACGUCAACUACCGCCAUACCCCGGAGUUUCCGUACCCGACGGCUUGGGACGACACUGAGGAUGGAUUCGAGUGGCUUCACCAAAACAUCGAGUUGCUGAACGGCAUUCCAGAAAAGGUCAUUAUUGGAGGUAUAUCGUCGGGAGCGAUGCUCACAGCUGCACUUGUUCUCCAGAAGCACCAUGGCAAGGCUCUCACGAAAUAUCCCGCUAUCGCUGGUCAGGUUCUGAUGGUUCCGUGCCUUGUGCAUAUCGAUGCGUACGAGCCCCAGUUGAAGCAGCUGGCCGAUCCUUCGGUGUCUUCGUACAAAGAGAAUGAGCAUGCUCCACUUCUCCCCGUCGGGGCAGUCCGAAUGCUCGCCGAUCUUCUCAAAAUCAAUAAUCCGGAUCUAUUUGACCUCCGUAUCUCGCCCGGCAACGCCUCUUUAGAACAAGUUAGAGGACUGCCCCCGACAACCUUUGGCAUUGCGGGCCUGGAUCCGUUCAGAGACGAAGGCCUUCUCUUCUCCAAGCUAUUAAGUGAAGCUGGAGUGUCAACAGAUACCUAUCUCUUUGAGGGUGUCCCGCAUGCUUUCCGACGCUUUGGGCAGCUGAGUCAAGCAAAGCGCUGGGAUGCAGUUAUGUCCCACUCAAUUGAAUGGUCGUUGUCCCAGCCCAAAGCCGAGGGAUUCAACGUCAAGACCACCGGCCCUUGA